CCUUAUACCAAGUAAUCCACUUUCUUAAUUUCCUACCUUUUUCUUUUUCAUCGGAACAAAAACAAAACGAGAGAGAAAAAGAAAUAUCAUCAAUGGCGACUGACGUGGCAAUGGUUCCCGCAGGGGAGGGUUCGAGCUCUGCUCCUGGUCCUUCUUCUUCAUCCAAGAAAACGAAACGUUUCGAGAUCAAGAAGUGGAAUGCCGUUUCUCUUUGGGCUUGGGAUAUUGUGGUUGAUAAUUGCGCAAUUUGCAGGAAUCACAUCAUGGAUCUUUGUAUUGAAUGCCAAGCUAACCAAGCGAGUGCUACCAGUGAAGAGUGUACUGUUGCUUGGGGAGUAUGCAAUCAUGCGUUUCAUUUCCACUGCAUCAGCCGAUGGCUUAAAACCCGUCAAGUUUGUCCUUUAGACAACAGCGAGUGGGAGUUUCAGAAGUAUGGCCAUUAGCGCUGUUACCAUGCUGAUUAAAGUCCCGAAAAUCUGAGGGUGUGUGCAGAUGUGUGGAGCUCUUGAUUGUUUUGCUGCUAAUCUACAGCUUUCUAUAUGAUGGAACCAUUGAUUUUUGUCGUAUAACAUCAAGAAUCAACUUACCUGUUUAGGCAUUGGCCAAAAUAUUUCCCUCUUUAUGUCAAUGUUUAAUAUAACUAGUGGAAACUAUUAUGACAAUUGUAUCAAAAUUUGAUCGAAACUUCACAGUAUGAGCUGUUCCAUUGUGUUGGUACAACAUAUAAUACCAGUUUAUUUUAUGUAUCAAUAA